UAUAGUUUCCUGUCAUCGUAUUGUGUGUUGUCGUUGUAUAUAGAUAAAAUAUUUGGUUUCUCCGUAUUUUAAACCACCUUUUCUUUGGGCUUUGUAUAUUUGGUGUAAUCUAAAUUGGAAAUAUUCACAAAAGUAAUGUCUACACGUCGAUCCAAUGUGAAUGUUGCCAAAUCAAAGCUUGGCAACCGUGAACGACACAGUCCGAGACGCACCAAGACUCCUUCUGCCAACGAGGUUAAAAACAAAUUUAAAUUCAGUCCCAAAGGAAAGCGCAAAUUGGAUUUCCCCUUCAAAGGAAAAAAGCCUGGACCUCUUACUGGAAAACUAUUUUAUCUUGAUCUUAAUGGCUCCCGUUAUUCAAACCAGUUAAAAAAGGCAAUUGGACAACUUGGUGGGACGAUUGAAGAAUUCUUUCGGAAGGAAGUAACUUACCUUGUUACAAGUCGUGCAGAAUGUGGAAAAUCUCCAAGCAGCCAAUCAACACCCAGUCCAGGAGUACCAAGUCCAAUAACACAAACAAGAAGCUCAUCAAUAAAAAAUUAUGGAACUGCAUCGGCGAUGAGCACAGAUUCUCCUCAAGUUAUGGAUCAGGUACCUAGUGGUACCAUGAGAGGUAAAUCAAUUGCACAAAGAUCUGCAGGGCUAAAGAAAGGAUCUACUGAUAUCCUAACAAUUGCCAGUACCUGGGGUGUGAAUAUCCUUCACGUUGAUCAUCUCAUGAACUGGGUUUCUCAGUUGAUGUUAAAAACUAAACAGCAACGUAUGACAAAAGAAAAGACGUCACCUUCCAAACGUGUAUCUCAAACAAGACUUCCAAAAGUUUCAGCAUUGCGAGAGACCUACAUCAAAGUUGAAGAUCUAGGAUUCAAAUAUCGACCUAUUUUUCACGAAUUCAAACUUUGGCCAGAAAUUACAUUUUGUGGUUUGAAUGUUUGUCCUUUUGAUCCUCCAAGAGGAAGAACGUCUGAGAAUAGUGUUACCAAGCGAAAGAUCGGGGAAAGAAAUGUCAAGAAACUGCCAAUACAUGAGCGCCCUAAACAUGGGUAUUGUGAAUGCUGUGAAGUUCGGUACAAUGACUUGAAUAUGCACUUGAGAGGUAAACAACACAAAGAGUUUUCAAAGAAGAGUUCGAAUUAUACGAGUUUAGACAAAGCCAUUGAUGAAGGUCUCAAAAUUGAAAAUCUUCUGAAAGAAGUUCAUCUUAAGAAAUCAAGCAGUCUUUUAAACAUUGAUCUUACUCAGGAACAGAGCAGUUUAUCUACGAGCUGUGAUGACACUGGUGACUCGCUUGAUGAUGACAUCUUUUUGUUGUCAUCACCUCGCGUUCCCCCACGAAAUAGGAAUAAAGUUUCAAAUCCCAAACUUCCAAGCGAAGAAAAUCUAAACAACGACGAAAAACAUGAAAAGAUGGCACUCGUGGGAGAUGUGGUUGUAGGCCAUGGCAGUAUUCAAGAAACAGCUGAUGUUUCAGUACGUUCUUCACCAACAACGAGAAAAGCUAAAAAUACAGAGCCUCGGCCAAAUACUGGCGCAGAAGAGAUGGAAAACCGAAAGUCGAGACCAGUUACACGGUUGCAGAAAGCUUCUAACCUUUCAUCCCCGUGUGAAAGCAAAAAGAUCGAAUUAGCUAGUCAUAAGUCGCCGAAUAAAUCGAAGAAUACUAUUGAUUAUCUAAAACAAAGCAACGAUUAUAUUGGGGGAAACAAAGGAAAAUCAACUGAAGUCGGUAACAUGGAGGAACUCAAUAAUUUUGAAAAUUUAGAAAGUUCAACAAAUGGGACGCUUGAUAAUUCCAACGCAGUGUUAGGAGAGAUGAAGAACGAGGACAAUAUUUCACCUCGGAGAUCAUCAAGAACUAGAAAAUCGAUUUUAAAUUCGCCCAUUUUGGGGAAAAAAGAAAACGAAAGUGAAACUAAAGUUCAUUUAUCUCAAAAAGGAGAGAAUGAUGGAAUUGAAUGGAAAAAUAGGUUGAGGAGUCAAACAGUUGAAGAGAAAAACAAUGGAGAACAGCCGUUGAAAGAAGCAAAAGAGAAAUCAUUGACCUCUAACCAGAAUUCAAAAUUUGCAAAUAAAUGUAAAUAUUCUGCCAAUACCAAGGAUAGAAAGUGCGAAGAAAGAAACAGCGGGACCAAACGACGGAAAAGAGAAUCGAUUAACAAGAUAGGUGACAGAAAUCAAACAAGCGUACCGGUGUCGGAACACAAUAUAAUUGAGAAUCGUAGUAAUAGAGAGAGGGAAAACAACGACAUGUUAAAAAAUACUGAUAAUGACAAGAGUUCGUGGAAAGAGGCUGAUAGACGUGGAAGAAACGAAGAAGAAAAAUUAAGAGAAAACAGAGAAAUCAGAUGUGAAGUUGGUGAUACAGAUGAAGAAAUGCAGCAUUCCAAGGAUUCGCCACGUCUUAAAACACCGUCCAAAAAGGUUUCCAACAACAAUUUUGCAAUGUGCCCUGGUGCCUUAAUUUAUGAGGAGUCAGGGACUUUACGCAGUGCUCGAAGAAGACAAAGUGCUGUAGGUGACUGCAAACUUUCGCCAAUCACACCAUGUAAUUUAGACGGGGAAUACAGUGUGCUCUCGUCUUGUUCGGAGGAUAUCGAGUUUCUACCGUCAGGCUUACGUAUAUAUUCAUCAUUUGGCUCAUCACUCGGUGAUGUUUAUAAAGAUAUAAAUCACAGUGUUGAUCAAAUAGAGGAUGGGGAUUAUGAGAACGAGAAUGUAUUUGAUCCUAAAUCAGACGCACCAGCAGGUUGUAGUGAAAUUGCAUGUAGUACUGAAAUGCAAGUUUCUCUCACGUUUAUGAAUGUACAUGCCAUCUCUGCUGGUUGUGUUGGGAAAGACGAGGGCGCGAGUGCGACAACUGCAACUACUAAGAGAAAAAGAAUCCUUAAUGAAGAAGAAGAAUCCAUUACGGGAAGAAAAUGCAAACGGCUAUCAGUUGCUUCCGACGGCGAACAAGUUGCGCAAGAGGAAAAUGGGCUCACAUUAGAAAUUGGAGUGAGCGAUUCAUUUCGCUCUUCUGUUGCAGAACGCGUCAAACUUAAUCGUGCAAUUUGUGAAAGUCUUCUGCAGCACGAUUUACUUGUCUCGGAAGGGGAUUCACCAGUGCGACCACUGGUGGGACCCAUUGGUCGAAAACGUAAGAAUGUAUUGCAGUCGUCGCCUUUUGUUGAAAUUACAAACACGGGUAAGAAACGGAAGGAACGAGCAAAAUCCGAGAGUAGGGUACGAAGGAGUGUUUGUUCGGUCGUCAAGCAAAAUAAAAAUGGAAGAAGUAAACUACUUUCUGCAUGUUUGACUCCAAACGAUCCGUUUAGCUUUGACGACUAUUAAUUGACUAGUCUUAAAAUGAAUUUUUUAAGAAUUUUAAAGAGUUUAUAUAAUAAAGCAUUUUUAUGUAACGUUAAAGAAUUGAGGUAAUAACAAUAUGGUAUCAUUUUUUA